AUUUACUUUUGUGCAACCUGAAGAUGUGUCAAUCAAGCAAAUAAAGGAAGAAAGCCUUAUUUAUAAAAUUGCCUGCUUCUGAUUUCACUUUGUUGCUUCUCAGGCUGCACGAGGGAAAAAAAAAAAAAUGAAGAUUUUGCUGCUGGGUCUUUUUCUACUUUUAUAUAGUAACUCAGCCUGGGCGAAAGAGAAACAUUACUACAUUGGGAUUAUCGAAACAACUUGGAACUAUGCGCCUGACAAUGGGGAAAAGAGACUAAUUUCAGUUGACAGGGAACAUUCAGAUAUCUAUCUUCAAAAUGGCCCAGAUAGAAUUGGAAGGUUGUAUAAGAAGGCCCUUUAUGUUCAGUACACAGACAGAACUUUUAGCACAAUUAUAGAAAAACCUGUCUGGCUGGGGUUUUUAGGCCCUGUUAUCAAAGCUGAAACUGGAGAUAACGUUUAUGUUCACCUAAAAAACUUUGCCUCUAGGCCCUACACUUUCCAUCCACAUGGAGUAACUUACCAUAAGGAACAUGAGGGGGCCAUCUAUCCUGAUAACACCACAGAUUUUCACAAAGCAGAUGACAAAGUGCCUCCUGGUGAGCAGUACACAUAUGUAAUGAACGCCACCGAAGAGCAAAGUCCUGGUGAGGAAGAUAGCAAUUGUGUGACCAGGAUUUACCAUUCCCACAUUGAUGCUCCAAAAGAUAUCGCCUCAGGACUCAUCGGACCUUUAAUAUUCUGUAAAAAAGAUUCUCUGGAUCAAGAAAAAGAAAAAAAUAUUGACCAAGAAUUUGUGCUGAUGUUUUCUGUGGUGGAUGAAAAUCUCAGCUGGUACCUAUAUGACAACAUUAAAACCUACUGCUCUGAACCAGAGAAAGUUGAGGAAGAUAACGAAGAUUUCCAAGAGAGUAACAGGAUGUAUUCUGUGAAUGGAUAUACUUUUGGAAGUCUCCCAGGACUCUCCAUGUGUGCAGAAGACAAAGUAAAAUGGUAUCUUUUUGGCAUGGGUAAUGAAAUUGAUGUGCACUCAGCUUUCUUCCACGGCCAAGUAUUGACUAAUAAGGGCUACCGUAUUGAUACAGUCAAUCUCUUUCCUGCUACCCUCUUUGAAGCUUUUAUGGUGGCCCAGAGUCCUGGAGAAUGGAUGCUUAGCUGUCAGAAUCUCAACCACCUGAAAGCUGGUCUGCAGGCCUUUUUCCAGGUACAAGACUGUAACAAGCCUUCAUCAGAGGACAGUAUCCUUGGGAAACAUGUCAGGCAUUACUACAUCGCUGCUGAGGAAAUCAUCUGGAACUACGCACCCUCUGGAAUAGACACCUUCACCCAAGAAAAUUUAACAGCACCUGGAAGUGCUUCAGAGGUAUUUUUUGAACAAGGUCCUACAAGAAUUGGAGGAUCUUAUAAAAAGCUGGUUUAUCGUGAGUACACAGAUGCCUCCUUCACAAAUCAAAAGAAGAGGGGCCCUGAAGAGGAACAUCUUGGCAUCCUGGGUCCUGUCAUUUGGGCAGAGGUGGGAGACACGAUCAGAGUCACUUUCCAUAACAAAGGAACAUAUCCCCUCAGUAUUGAGCCCAUUGGGGUGAGAGUCAGUAAGGACAACGAGGGCUCCUACUAUGCCUCACAUCACAACCCCUCAAGUGGAAGUGUGCCUCCUUCAGCCUCCCAUGUGGCACCUCAACAAACAUUUACCUAUGAAUGGACUGUGCCCAAAGAAGUGGGACCCACUUACAAAGACCCUGUCUGUCUAUCUAAGAUGUAUUACUCUGCUGUGGAUCCCACUAAAGAUAUAUUCACUGGGCUUAUUGGGCCAAUGAAAAUAUGCAGGAAAGGAAGUUUACAUGAAAAUGGGAGACAGAAAGAUGUAGACAAGGAGUUCUAUUUAUUUCCCACAGUGUUUGAUGAGAAUGAAAGUUUACUCCUAGAUGAUAAUAUUAGAAUGUUUACAACUGCACCUCACCUGGUAGAUAAGGAAGAUGAAGACUUUCAGGAAUCUAAUAAGAUGCACUCCAUGAAUGGAUUCAUGUAUGGGAAUCAGCCUGGUCUCAGUAUGUGCAAAAGAGAGUCAGUCGUGUGGUACUUAUUCAGCGCUGGAAAUGAGGCUGAUGUACACGGGAUUUACUUUACAGGAAACACAUAUCUGUCAAAAGGAGAAAGAAGAGACACAGGAAACCUCUUCCCUCAAACAAGUCUUACACUCUUCAUGCAGCCUGAUGCUCAAGGGACAUUUGACGUUGAGUGCUUAACAACCGAUCACUAUACGGGAGGCAUGAAGCAAAAAUACACUGUGAACACAUGCAGGCAACAGGCUGAGAACCCAAGGUCCUCCCAGGGACAGCGGACCUACUACAUCGCGGCAGUGGAGGUGGAGUGGGAUUAUUCCCCAAGCAGGGAGUGGGAAAAGGAGCUGCAUCACUUACAAGAACAAAAUGUUUCAAAUGCAUUUUUAGAUAAGGAAGAAUUUUACAUAGGCUCAAAGUACAAGAUUGUGUAUCGGCAAUACACCGACAGCACGUUCAGAGUUCCAGUGGAAAGGAAGGCUAAAGGACACCUGGGAAUUCUAGGUCCACAACUUCAUGCAAAUGUUGGAGACAAAGUUAUAAUUAUCUAAAACAUGGCCACAAGGCCUUACUCAAUACAUGCCCAGGGUGAAAACAGAGGAUUCUAUAGUACUCCAACUUUACCAGGUGAAACUCACACGUACAUAUGGAAAAUCCCACAAAGAUCUGGAGCUGGAACAGAGGAUUCUGCUUGUAUUCCAUGGGCUUACUAUUCAACGGUGGAUCAAGUUAAGGAUCUUUAUAGUGGAUUAAUUGGCCCACUGAUUGUUUGUCGGACACAUUACAUGAAAAUAUUCAAUCCUAUAACGAAACUGGAAUUUUCUCUUCUGUUUUUUGUUUUUGAUGAAAAUGAAUCCUGGUAUAUAGAUGACAACAUCAAAACAUACUCUGAGCACCCUGAGAAAGUAAACAAAGAUGAUGAGGAAUUCAUAGAAAGCAAUAAGAUGCACGCUAUUAUGGAAGAAUGUUCGGGAACCUACAAGGCCUCACAAUGCAUGUGGGAGAUGAAGUCAAUUGGUAUCUGAUGGGAAUGGGCAAUGAAAUAGACUUGCACUCUGUACAUUUUCACGGCCACAGCUUCGGAUACAAGCACAGGGGGCAUCUAUAGGUCUGAUGUCUUCGACAUUUUCCCUGGGACCUUCCAAACUCUAGAAAUGUUUCCAAAAACACCUGGAAUCUGGUUACUCCACUGCCAUGUGACUGACCACAUUCAUGCUGGAAUGGAAACUACUUACACGGUUCUACCAAAUGAAGAGACCAAGUCUGGCUGAAAGAAAUAAAUUGGUGAUAAGUGAAAAAAAAAAAAAAGAAAAGAAAAAAAAACAAUGAUUCAUAACUAUGUACGUGAAAGUGCUGAAGAAAAAGUUUACUUUGGAAUGGCUAUGAGCAUUAAAAAAAAGACUGAAAACACACUUUCCUGCAUUUCAUAUGAAAAGAUCAACAGACAUCCGACUAACUCUAAUACUUACAACUGAUUUACAUAGGCCCUUCAUACAACCAUCAGAAGGACUUUACAAAACUGUUUUCCUCACCCCCACUCCCCAAAAUCUAUGUCCAAAUGUUAUCCUUGAUGGUUCUCAAAGGAUCACUGUUAAGAUUCAUUGAAAUGUUUCCAA